CCACGAGGAUGCAACUCGGGCACUCAAUGCCCGAAUGCUGGACCUGCAACAGGCUGUACCAGGACCAGCUGCUGGGGCUUCCAGCAGUGCAUCCUCUAGCUGCCAACUGGAGGAACGCGUUGACCACGUAGUGGCAAUGCUCGGCGACAUCAGCACCUUCGCUGCGCCGACCACCAUCAGCAGUCAGCCGCAUACCUUGAAGACCGAGUCCCAGCAGCUGCAGCCGACGAAUGCGGAUGGCAAUCCGAAGUUGUACAAAAUGCCAACUUUCCAACUGGACAGGUUCGACGACUACACGCAGCAGGAUCCGGUCCUCUGGUGGGAAGCAUUCACAACGCAACUCAGGAUUUUGCCCGUCGCCAAACACGCGUACAUCGGCGCCCUGUUCAUGAACUCAAAGGGCGGAUGCCAGACCUGGUUGACCCACCUGGCAACCUCCCACGGCGUCAACGUACCGGACUUGAAGGACAAAAUCACAUGGGAGGAACUGACACGGCUGUGGAAGAAGCGGUUCAUCGUCGACGACGCACCAACACUCGCCAUCAACCGUCUGUUCACCAUGUCACAGGGCAACACCGCAACACGAGAUUGGCUCACGGAGUGGCAGAAGAUUGCAGCAGUGCCCAAUCUGGACUUGCCAUUCAUGCACUUACGCCGUGAGUUCUACAACAGGUCCUAUGCUGCAUUGAGCCAGGCUCUUGGUGAUCGCGAGCAGUACUCAACCUUCGCUGAGAUCAUUGACAAGGUGAGGGAAAUCAUCAAGACCAACAGGUCAGCUGCACACGAGAAGUCAACAUGGCAGCCGACCUAUGUGGAGAAGGUACGAACUAGUCCGCGACAGCAGCACUUCGCUGCAGUCCAGUCAGACAAUGGAGAUAACCCAGCAGCCACUCCAGCAUCAAGUGACGGAGAUCAGGUGGCUGCUGUCCAGCCGCGAAGCAACAACAAGCCCCGCAACAAUGGGAAGGCGAAAUCCGCAUCGCAGGUCGGAAAUGGACAGCCAGUACAAGUUCCAUGCUUGACCGAGGCGGAGUACAAGGUCUGAUCAAGGCAAGGAGGAUGUGCGACCCCGCCUCAACUCGGGAAACUGAGUUCCGCGGAAGGUGAGGCGACUCCACCUUCUACUCCGCCAGAUUCGUCGGCCUUGCUAGCGGCCUCCUGCACAUUUGAGGAGGAUGCGAAUGUCCCAGGUUCUCGUUACACUUACGAGGACUAUGCUGUCCACUUGGUUCCACCGCUGGACCAACCGCUCCACGUGCAACAACCUACCGCAUGCACGGUUUCAUCACCAUCGGCAACCGAUUCGGCAGCUUCGCCGCCAUCUAUCGCCGGGGAUUCAUCGUCAUGGUCAAGACUUGAGGUGCUCGACCCACUGACGUUCACAGACUUCCAGUGGAUGCCCUUUCCCCCGACCGGACGAUUGCCGAAACCGCAUUGCAAUGUGCUCAUGGCACACUUGCGGGAUUACUUGCACACUGCAGAACCAGCUCCGUUGAUGGACGCCGGAGUAGAGGUUGUCGACCUUCAUGCUUACAUUGCGAAGAUCGACCGCGAGUUCAAGACGCAACGGUACGACGACAUCGACGCACCAUUGCUAUAUGUACGCAUUCAAAUCGGAGAGGCGACCUGCAACGCCUUGAUCGAUUGCGGAGCAUCUCGCAACUACAUCAGCCAGGACUUCAUGGUGCGCGCUGGCCUUGGCCCACGCGUCCGGAGGAAGUCCCAACCUACGCAAGUCACGUUGGCGGACGGUCACACGCACAAGUCAAUCGACCGGUGCAUUGACAACGUCCCAGUGUACUUUGCCCCUCACUCAAGUAAGGCGAUGUCCUUUGACAUUCUGGACACCAAAUUUGACAUGAUCUUGGGCAUGUCAUGGCUGCGAAGCGAGGAUCACCCGGUGAACUUCUUCCACCGCACCGUUCACAUUCGUGAUCGGAACGGAGUACUAGUUCCAUGCACGGUGCCUCUUCCUCAUCCUUCGAUCAACUGUCAUGUGGUAUCCGCGGCAAGCAUGCGAGCUUCCAUCAUUAGAGACGACAUCGAGGAAAUGGGGGUGUGUUUUCUCCACGCCCUCCCGCCCCUUGACGCUUCAUCGACGGACUCACCUUCGGAUCCACGCAUCACCGAGCUUCUCGACGCCUACAGCGACGUGUUCGAAGGCCCGCACGGAGUAGUUCCGGAUCGACCCAUCCGCCACGAGAUCAUCCUCGAGGACGGGGCCGUGCCUCCACGCUUGUCUCCCAUCAACUCGCUUGAUGAUGCAAGGAAGAAGGAGUUGCUCGCAUUCGUCAUGGCUCUCAAGCGAUGGCGGCGCUUCCUCCUUGGGCGUCGUAGGUUCACAUGGGUUACGGACAACAAUCCAUUGACCUACUACAAGACGCAAGAUACGGUGAGCAGCACGAUCGGACGAUGGAUGUACUUCAUCGACCAGUUUGACUUCACACUAAAACAUCUUCCCGGCCUCUCAAAUCGCGCAGCAGAUGCACUCUCGCGAAGACCUCAUCUUUGUGCUAUGACACAUCAUGCCUUCGCAUUCGACGAGGAGCUUCAGCGACACUUCAUCCGGGCAUACGAGUCUGAUCCGGACUUCGCCACGCUGUAUGCACAGCUAUCUUCGGAUCACCCGCCGGCCAGCGACUAAUGGCCCACUAUCGCAUUGCCGAC